CAUGCCCUCGGCAAUGGGACCUGUGCAGGAGUUUCAGCUGGAGAACUUUGUGUCCAGACCCCGCCAGGUGCCUCGAGCCAAGCUGGAACGUUAAUCCGUGAUCCCUGCAGUGGUUUGUGCGCUCCCGCUGCAUCCCUGGCUGGUCCGUCCCUCACCUGCUGCCCUGCUCCGAUGGCACGAGCAUAAGGUGCCCUCGCACCAUGCACAAGCUGAAUCUGUCACGUACUCCUCCAAAAUCACCAGUUCUCAGACCUCCAGGAAAUUUCAUCUGCAUUUUAAGAGGCAUUUCCAAAACAGAAAGACACGAGUGUCUUCUGCGAGGUGGCUGGACGUCCUUCGUUCCUGUUGCGUUGUAGCCAAAUGGGAAGAAGUCAAUGCCAGCACAUUCAGAGAUGGCGGAUUCCUAUGCCUGUAAAGGUGGAAGGAAAACUGCAGGGUCAAACAAACCCACCGCGAGCAAAGAAAGCAGGACAGACACAAGGAUAAAUCCACCGGCAGAGAUUUCCAAGCUUGGAAACGCAACCAGCGACAAAGCAGAAGGCAGGAAGAAGGGACGACCCAAGGCUGAGAACCAGGCGCUGAAGGACAUUCCCCUCCCCCUGAUGAACCAAUGGAAGGACGAGUUCAAAGCUCACUCCAGGGUGAAAUGCCCCAAUUCAGGCUGCUGGCUCGAGUUCCCCAGCAUUUAUGGCUUGAAGUACCACUAUCAGCGCUGCCAGGGGGGUGCGAUUUCAGAGAAGUUAACAUACUCAUGCUCAUACUGUGAAGCUGCCUUCAGCUCCAAAACCCAGCUAGAAAAGCAUCGCCUCUGGAAUCACUUGGACCAGCCAGUGCCAACCAGCAAAGCAGAAAACAAAGUGCAGAAGUCCAUUGGGAAAAGCAGUGGCAAGAAAAGAGCUGCUGAGAGUUCAGCUUGCCCAACCAUCCAUCCCAAACAGGCAAAGACGGAAAAGGCUGUGGCCCAGGACCACGCUGAGAAUGGCGAGUGCCUGGUGGAGAACCGGGAGAGCAAGGAGUUUCAGAUUGCAGCAGCAGAGGCGAUUGCAGCCGCAACGCCCACGGCGAAGUCUUCGAGCUGCAAGGAUGCUAGGCAGCAAGGGGGCAGCCAGGCUUCUCUGCAGGAGGAGGACCCCGAGAGGAUGAAGCACAGAAGGAAACAGAAAACUCCCAAGAAAUUUACAGGGGAGCAGCCAUCCAUCUCGGGGACGUUUGGACUGAAAGGUCUUGUCAAAGCAGAGGACAAAGCAAAAGCCCAUCGAGCCAAGAAACUGGAGGGGAACGCCAACAUGGAGGACCUGAAAAAGAAACCUCCUGGAGCUGGUGUGAAGAAGGAAAUGGUCAUGCAUUUACCAGCAGCAAACCCUGAGGACCAGUGGCAACGUGAGAUCAGCGAGAAGGGAGAAGUUGCCUGUCCGACUUGCAGUGUUAUAACCCGAAAAACUAUUGUUGGGCUCAAAAAGCACAUGGAUGUCUGCCAGAAGCUGCAGGAUGCCUUGAAAUGCCAACAUUGCAAGAAGCAAUUUAAGUCCAAAGCUGGGCUGAAUUACCAUACGAUGGCUGAACAUGUCAGCAAGCCUGUUCCUGUGGAAACCUCUGGACUUGGUGAACAGGAAGAGCGGGAAAGGCUGAGGAAAGUGCUAAAGCAGAUGGGAAAACUGAAAUGCCCCAAUGAGGGUUGCGUGGCCAACUUCUCCAGCCUGAUGGGGUACCAGUACCACCAGAAGCGGUGCGGCAAGCAGCUCACCGAGGCUGACAAGCCUGUCUUCAGCUGCCCGCACUGCGGAAAGAAGUAUAAAUCCAAGGCUGGCCACGACUAUCAUGUGCGGUCAGAACACAUGGCCUCGGUGAGCCCCCCGGACACCUCCGCAGCCCGAGGACCGGGGCCAUCCGUACCUGUGGGUGACUGCAGAGCUGCAGAGCCUGCGGGCAGGACCGAGUCGGGCCGGGCCGAGCCAGGCAAGCCUCCAGAAGAGCCAAAGGUGAAGCCGGAGCCUCCCCCCAUAGAAGAUUUUGAAAGGACCCCGAGUGGCCGCAUCCGUCGCACGUCAGCCCAAGUGGCCGUCUUCCACCUUCAGGAGAUAGCAGAGGACGAGCUCGCCAAGGAUUGGACCAAGCGGAGGAUGAAGGAUGACCUGGUACCUGAAACCAAGCGGCUCAAUUACACCCGACCAGGACUUCCUAAGUUAAAUCCGAAGCUCUUGGAAAACUGGAAGAACGAAGUGAAGGAGAAGGGUCACAUCAACUGUCCCAACAACUGCUGUGAAGCCAUUUACUCCAGCGUCUCCGGGUUAAAAGCUCACUUGGCCAACUGCAACAAGGGGGACCACUCAGUCGGCAAGUACCGCUGCCUCCUGUGCCAGAAGGAGUUCAGCUCCGAAAGCGGCGUGAAGUACCACAUCAUCAAGGCUCACUCAGAGAACUGGUUCCGGACCUCCGCCGAGUCCAACCGAAAAAAGAAAAGCAGGGAACAGCUUUCUUCCAGCAAGGAGGAGAAAAAGAAAAGCACAAGCGGGAAGAAAAGGGGGAGGAAACCCAAGGAGAGGCCUCCAGAAACGUCCCUGAAAGGCAGAGAGAGCGUGGCAGUAAAGACUAAUCACAAGAAAAUGCUAGAGCACUGGGAAGGCUCCCGCUGCAGCCCCGACGGGGAGGAGCGCGUCCCCAAGCCCCCCAGCCACCGGAAGGCGGGAGCCAGUAAGAUGCCCGAGAAAUGAGCAGCUCAGAGACUUGUCUCCGAGGAUUCGUUUACAGCCCAGGGUAACAGGGUGGGGGUCGCUCCCGGUUUUCUGUCCCCCCCCCCUUCCUCUUUCCACAUCCCCCACCCUUCACUCACCCCCUUUUUACAAAAAAAAAAAAAGAAAAAAAGACAAAAAAAUACCAGUUAACCACUUUAAGCAAAGUCAUGGACCUUGUUUCACACUGGAAAACAAACAGGAUCAAGCAAGCUGGACCGCUCUCUACCCCUCGCUGCCCAUGUACAUACCCCUCUGCCUUCACGCUGCUGCGCCGAGGCGGGCUGUCUGUCCGUCCUGCCCCUGCCCGGCGCCGUGCUGCCUUCCCCCUCUGCCCCUUCCCCAGGACUUUCCUCCUAUCUCUGUGCGUGAAACUGGUGACGCGUAAGUGAAAGAGAAGUGCAAUGGCAGCAGGGCCUCCUUGGACAGGGCCGCUCUGCGGCUGGCUGUGCUGGGGCGGGGGACGGCCGGACGCAGCGGCUCUCCCCGCUGCCCACGUCCCAGUCCGGCCAGUCCAGUCCGGCAGGGAAACCUUGGGCAGGCUGGAGCCUUCUCGUGCAGGCGCCGCCUGCGUUCCUGCACCCGGGGAGACGUUUCCAAAGAUGUUUAACCCAAGCAAACGGCCAGGCAGGGUCAGGAAGGGCCAGGGAACAGCAGGGCCUGGCAGCAGGCACCGGGGGAGACUGGGUGGUGCUUUCCCCACAGCGUGUUCCCAGCACGGAGCGGAGAACCAUGCUGGGGCUGUCCUUGGCAGGGAUCUCCUCCGCGGUCUGCUGGCUUCGUGGCCUGCUGUGAUUGCUCGGGGCAGUGGUUCAUCUUCAUCGUCGGAGCUGGCGAGAGCGAGCCGCAUGGAGCCACGAGCAGGCGGAGUCGGGAGAACGCCGUGGCAGCGCCGGCGGUCCCGAGGAGCAGGGGAGGCAGGGCAGGGCUGGAUGCGGGCUUGCCUCGUGCAGGGUGCGAGAAGGGAGGUCGGGAGAGGUGCUGAGCACUCGCAGCCCCCCUGGAGGUCGAUGGGGGAGGAGGGUUGCUGUAGGACAGGUUCGCUGGUUUAGUGGAAGGUUGUGGAAAUGCUCUUAGCACCUUGGAGCGUCACUGGGAGACAGGGAGGAGAACCUGUGGGAUGUGGGAGAGCUGCAGCCUGUUGCUUAGAUGCUCUUUGCAAACAUACCUGGACACAAAGUACUGUACCGAGCUGCUGCUGAUCCCGUACAGCCGACCCGCGAGCCGCGGAGCUGGGUGGGCAGCGCCGGAGAAGGCUCUGAACGGAGCGGGCAGGCAGGGCUGAGCAGCAGAGCCUGCGGCCAGCUGCCCUGCAGGGGAUUUCACGUUCCCUCUCCUGCCCCGACCUCAGAGGUGAGGAUUGCCCAGCCUGGGGGAGAGCGGGCGGACGUGGGACGGGAGCAGCUCCCGUGCUGAAUCACGGCGGCAGCCCCAGGGCCGCCUGUCCCCAGGGCCGGGAGCAGUCCCUGCGUUUGCUCGCCCAGCUCCUUCGCCAGGCUGGGGGGAGGUCCGUAACGGGGCCAGGGGCAGCACCAAGUGACAAUCAUGGCUCCUGCUUUCCGGCGAGUCCCAGCUGGUGCCCGCUGGACAAGGCACAUUGCAUACGGCUUGUCCCUCGGUUGGGGCAUGCUGCAGCUCCUGGGGACGAGUCUCUGCUCCCCUCAAAUGCACCUGAGCCCCCGACCAUCCCCCUUGGAAAGGGGAUUUGGAAUGAGGGUCUCUGAAAGAUGCAUUUUUCCUUGCUUGUUUUCUGUUCCUGGUCUUUUUCUCUGUAUUUUCCCGCACUAAUAGCAUCAUAACACCUCGUUCUGACCUGGAGGAAACCAUCCCCAGACCAAAAUGUGUCUGUCUCUAGACAAAAACCAGGCUACCUCUAUCCUUGGGAUACGGACACGUCUCGCUGCAGCCCGAAAGGCGGUUACAACAGUUUUCUCUCGGUAACAGAACGAAAACCUUAAUUUUGCUUUUCAUUCGUUCCCCUGCUCGGGACUUGGGAAGGUGAUGUCUGUGGGGGAGGCAAAGUUCUGCUUUUACUUUAGUCAAUUAAAAUCUCAACCCUCGCUUUCCCCCGCUGCUCUGCACGGCCCGUCCUCCGCCCCGCCGAGGCGCAGGAUUGCUUUUGUGCUCCGAGGAACCGUGCAGCGAUAAUUAACGCCCGUCUCGACUGACACGGCAUUGCUGCUGCGGAGGAAGAGGGAGAGACACGGUUGUUGCCCGCGUUGGGGAAACGCUCCUUUGGGGCGCCUCUGCUCGCGCCCCCGCCGCGGCUCCGGCAGCUGGGUGCGGGGAUCUGCGUUUGCCCCGGCAGCGCUCGGCCGCGGAGGCGAGAAAACCCUGUCCGCGCGUUCGCCCGGUGUUUAGGUGUUUACAGAAGACUGUUAGUUGCGUCGGGCUUUAAAGCAAUUAGUGAGACAACUUAAUUAGUCGCUGUGGCUCAUCCUGUUUGUCUCUCGCGCUUCAGCUGAGCUUUGUUUUGAUGGGUACAAAUCUUAUCCCCUUGGGGAAGGGCGAUGCUUUCAGUAACGGCAAGACCUGAACUCUCGCAGCCUGCAAAACCUUUGCGGAACGGCAGCGGGGGGAUGUUCGCCUGCAGAGGCGGGGGGAGAGGGCGCGAGCGCGGGACUUCGUGCGAUGGCUCGAUGGCUCGUUGGGUAGCAGGAGCCCAGGGGCUGGCGCCUGCUUGGCGCGGAGCCCGGCGGAGCAGCCAGUGCUGCAAGACGCCGUGAGGAGGCUGCUAUUGCCCCGGGCCCGAGAAAAACGUGCUCAGAAGCACCGCCGGGCCGGGCCGUCCUUGGCCGGCACCGGCACCGCAGCGGGAGGUCGGGCCCGGGGAGGUGCGGGGCGACGGUGUAUACUCUUCAGGUUGUUAUCAGCUGCAAAAAGAGAGGGAGCAGCGGUUUGGAGCAACUGCGCAGGGCGGCAAGGGGACACUGGCAGCACCUGGGAGCUCCAGGAAAGCGGCACAGAGUUAUGCACUGAAAUCUCUACAUUGGUGCUUUAAGUGGCCUGUUCUGGGAUGUUUUUUUCUCCCCAAAACGGCCAAGAAUCUGGCAGCUUUUGCUGAUGCGAGAGGGAGCUGCUGGCUCCAAAAAUCAGCUCACUUAUUUAGGAGCCUAAGUAUGGAGUCAGAGGCUCCCUCCAGGCUCCUGCUCAUUGAAUAGCUGCAAACGAGGUGCCGCCGGGGAGCCGCGAUGCCCCGGCGAGCCGAAAGCGGAGCCGGGGCGGCACGCCGAGGCUGCUGGCGCUGCCGGGGGCUGGCGAGCCCGCGCGCGCCCUGCCCGCUGGCUGCACCGCCGCAGCCGCGGCUUCGCCGGUUGCUCAGGUGAUUCUUUUCCUUAUUCCCCUUGGUCCCAGUGGAAAGAGAGCAAGGUCUGGGAAAGCCAUAAAUCCUUGGUGACAGCUCACCCCAGCGGGGGGAGGGGAUGCCUAGAAAAGUCUGAAGACUUCCUCCCAAAAGAGAUUGAUUCAUUUUCUUCCAAAAUCCUCCUUCCCUAGAGGGAUGUGGCUAAAAUGACUGUGGUUUAGGACUCGCUGCUUGGGCCUCCCUGCAGCUCGCAGGCUGCGUCGGCGGCUGCAGCCCCUCUGCUUGGCAGGGGGAGCGGACCGGGACUCGCCUUGAAAACGGCCCUGCGUUUCGAGGCGGCCUCGGGACGCAGCGGGGGGAAGGCGUGUUGCGUUGUCGCUCCCGCGCGGAGCAGAGCCUGCCUCGGGCGUCAGUCCCCGGCUUGGCGCGGGGUUUUACCUUCCUGCCGGCGGCCGAAAGCCGUGAGGUCCGUGCCUGCGUCCCAGCGCACGCAGGCGCGUGCCGCUCGGAGAAAGCACCGCUCCCCGCUGCGCGCGGGGAGGAUCGGGCACGGCGACUGCCGGGUCCGGGCUGCAAACGGGCCGCGGCGGGCGGUGCCGAAGGUUUCGCGUGAGCGGCGACGUCGUGCUGAGCUUGCGCGGGGCGAACGAGCCGCCCGUGCGCCGCGGCCGUGCCGGCCGCCGCUCGCGCGUUCGCACCCGUGCGCUGCCCGAAAGGCUGCUCGUCGCCCGCGCUGGGGAACAUCGCAGGGCUCGGUGCUCGCUAACGCGUAGUUAAUGUGAUUCGCGUUGGUUAAAUUAGGACGCGGCGCUCUGCGCCGUACGGGUGCCGCCGCGGAGCUCGGCCCGGGCACGGCCGGUUUCCCGGUCUGCGGGGAGGGGUCGGUGCCGUGCCAGGCCUGCCGGCAGCGGGGCGAAACCACCCGAGGCGCCCGGGCUUGGCUGUCGUCGCCGUCCCUCUGCCGUCGCGGAGGCAGCACUCCCGUCGUCCGAUGGAAAAUUUUACAAGAAAUUGAGCUCUUCAAGGUUCUUUUCCUUAAAAGGUAUUUUUUCCCCACGAGGCAUUAGUCAAAGAGGAAAACGUUCUCCCACUGCUUUCUCCUUUGUAAAGGAGGAGAAGUUCUGCAAAAAGCAUUAAUGAUCAUGAAAGUAGACGGAUAUAUUUUUUCUGAAGUGCUGUCACGUAGCCAGAGCCGGCGGCGAGGGAGCCCUGAGCUGUUUGCAGCUGGCUGCCUCGCCGCGAGCCGCCCGGAGCCUCCCGCGGCGCCGCGCGGCCCGGCAAAUCCCAACCGACGCGAAGCCGAGCGCGGGGCCGAGAGCGGAAAGCCGAAAGCGGAGCGUUAGAGCGGAGCGGGGCCCGCGGGGCCCGAGGAGAGAGGGCAGCGCCGGCGGGGAGCGCGUCCUGCCCCGGCUGCCUUCUGCUGGCCUGCGGCCAGCCGGGGACCGGGAGCUCGGCUCGCUGAACGUGAAUCCGUUUCUUCCUGGGCCUCUGGUCCCGGCGAUCCGGCUGGAUCGUGCCAAGCCAAAGGGACCCCAGCUUCCACGGCAGAAAGGGCCCAAAGGUUUUAUUUUCAUUGCAGGUGAAAAACUAAAUGGAAUAAUAACUCAUCAGCGAUGAGUCUUGAUGCAGACGUUACACAGCUUGUCCCAGAUUUCAGCGGGAACCGCUGCGUCCGUCUCGCUACCCGAGUCGAUGGUGCAAAUCCCCAUUUGCUUCCGCAGCGGCAGCUUUCAAAGAGAGAAGCCGAGGCCGGGGAGGGAGCGCGAGGCUGGAGCAGACCGCGAGCGGCCGGGCGCCCCCGGGCCCUCCGCCCCGGCCGCGCGGGAGCGGGACCUCCCAGGGCGGCGCGGUGCGUCCCGCUCGGGAGCUCGCCCCGAACACAAGCAGGCGCCGGCACAAGCUCCUCAUUCUCCGUUUUCUUUUCUUUGCCCAACCGCUUUGCCAGGAGCGAGUCCUCAAAGCCAAGUCGGUGCAGAUCCCGGUGUCCCGAGGUCUGGGAGAGAGCAGCCCAGUUGCCCCCGAGGGACCGUCGUCCGGAAAGGCGGGUGAAGGCGGCUGCUGUUGCUCGGGGUGGGGGUCCCAGCAGGCACCCCCCGGGGCAGGGGAGGGCGCUGCGAAAGUCGGGGCGUUCUGCGCCGCGCGCCCUCGCGGCGGGAAAGCGGACGGUCUCUGCCUCGCCGUUCCCGCUUCUGCCGCCAUCGCUCUCCUUGGCUCCCGCGGCCCCAGGACGCGCCGGAGCGGGCAGGCGGGGAAGGGGGAGCCCGGGCCGGGGGCGCCGCUGCCCGGCGAGGGGCUGGAGCGAGGCGCUCCGAGGGGGUGGGCGAGCUCGGCCGCAGCCCGGACGGGCCGUUCACACCUUUAUUUCCGCGCUUCUGCGGGGAAAGCGGGGCGAGAGAGCUCCUUCCCCGCUCGCUGCCCUUCGCCAAAGCGAUCACGGGAGCGGUGGCCGGGGGCCGAGCCCCGCCGCGCAGCGCCGUCGGGCAUCGCUGCGGGACGUUGCCUUCCUCGGUGGCUCCCGGCGCAGGCGAAGGCGCUCGGGGCGCGCGGCCGCGGCGCGUCCCCUCGGCCAGGACCCUGCUGCGGGAGGGACCCGCCGGGCACCCUCGCCCCGGGUCCGCUGUCCUGCAGGCGCUGGGCCGUCUCCCGCCCGGCGCUGCGCCAGCCCGGCCGCGCGGCGACGCCGGACCUGCGCUUUGCAAAGCAAAGGGCUAACCUUGGAGCGGGUUUCUGGGCGGGCGGGCAGCCUCGCGUCCCGUUGCUCGUGCAAACCUGGCAGCAGCCUCCCCGAAACGGCUCCCGCAGCUCCGCUUGCAGGUAGCGGGCAGGAAGCCUCACCGCGAGCCCGGCGCGGUCGGCUGCACCCCGACAGCAAACGCACCGUUCGGGGCAGGGAGAAGCGGCCGCCUCCGAGCACGUCCCGCGGGGACACGUCCCUCCCCGAGGUCGCCGCCGCGGACAGGAGCGCCGAAAGGGGCCCAGCGAGCUGCCCCCAGCCGGGAGACUCACGCACGUUCACGUAGGGACCGAUUCGUUCUUUUCUUUCUCUCCUUGGUGCCACCCAUUCCACAGCAUAUCCGAAUGUUUCUCGUCAAUGCCAGUUAUUAGUGCAUAAGUGUAUUUUGGGGAAAAAAACAAAAUGGAAAAAAAAAGAAUUUUCAAUUUAUCACUUGUAACCAUAUAUAUAAAUAUAUAAAUAUAUAUAUUAAAAAGUGUUUAUUUGCAAAAAAUAAAAUUGUUUUAACAGUAAACUAUCUUAUAAUAAACUCCCAAUUUGUGACGAUCUGUUCUUUUGUUAAUCAUUGACAAAUCCUCAGUUUGAGAGUACUGUAAUAAACAGCUAUUAAUAACAGCGCCACUGAACACCUAGAAGGGAUAAACUCUAUGUACUGUAUGUAUUAAAAACAGCUGUAUCAAAUAAAUGUUUAUUGAUUUUUUAUUAUUA